AUGGAUUCUCUGUUUCCAAAUCUUGAAGUCUCACCAAUUCCAACAAAAUACCCAAAGCCCACUUCAUUUCUACUCUCUUCGCCUCGAUUUUCGAGCUUAAAGACACGUACUAUAACCAAGAAAUGGAAUGUGUCCAUGCCUUGUGUUUGUUCAUCACCAACACCGGUGGAAAAAACAGAGCCCAAAUCACAUUCCAGCGGUCAAGAUUUCAUCAAAUCAAUCGGAAAAGGUGUAAUUGGCUUUGCUGCCGCUGCUACAGCUUUGGCUUCAGUAUGUUAUGAUUCUCCAGCUUUCGCAGAGUCAGUAACGGUCGCUUUUCCUGUUUCCCGCGCUAGCGAGGUGAAUACAGUGCAAAGAACACUUGUGGAGGCCUGGGGAUUGAUUAGAGAAACAUUUAUAGACCCAACAUUUAAUCAUCAAGAUUGGGACUUAAAGUUGCAACAAACAAUGGUAGAAAUGUUUCCUCUAAAUUCAGCGGAUGUGGCGUAUACGAAGAUUAGUGGAAUGCUUUCUACUCUUGGGGAUCCUUUUACUCGGAUUAUCAGUCCAAAGGAGUACCAAAGUUUUAGAAUUGGAAGUGGUGGAAAUUUGCAAGGAGUUGGGAUCUUCAUAAACAUUGAACCAAGGACAGGCCAUUUGGUUGUUUUGUCUUGUGUAGAGGGUAGCCCAGCUGCUCGUGCUGGUAUACAUGAAGGAGAUGAGUUGAUUGAGAUUAAUGGGGAGAGGCUUGAUGGUGUUGAUAGUGAAGCUGCAGCACAGAAGCUUAGAGGGAUUGCUGGAACAUCUGUUAAAGUAAAAGUCCACAGCGCCAUGGAAUCAAGUAGGGAUGCUGGUAUCAGAGAGGUCAAUCUACCUCGUGAGUACAUUAAGCUUUCCCCGAUAUCUAGCACUGUCAUCCCUCAUAAAACACCAGAUGGCCAUCUAACAAAGACUGGUUAUGUGAAGCUGUCAGCCUUUUCUCAGAGUGCUGCAAUUGAUAUGGCAAAUACAAUAGAGGACAUGGAAACUCAGGGUGUUCAAUCAUACAUACUGGAUCUACGAAACAAUCCAGUAAGGGGGCUGGUAAAAGCUGGACUUGAUGUUGCCCAAAUUUGGCUGGACGGGGAUGAGACUCUUGUGAACACAAUUGAUAGAAAUGGAAAUACGCUACCCAUUAACAUGGUUGAUGGACAUGCCAUAACACAUGACCCACUUGUUGUACUUGUCAAUGAGGGAAGUGCAAGUGCAAGUGAGAUCUUAGCUGGAGCACUGCAUGACAAUGGGCGAGCUAUUCUUGUAGGGCACAAAACCUUCGGCAAAGGAAAAAUUCAGAGUGUAACAGAGUUGCAUGAUGGAUCAGCUCUAUUUGUCACCGUUGCAAAGUAUCUAUCGCCUGCACUUCAUGACAUAGAUCAAGUUGGGAUACUGCCUGAUGUGCAGUGUACAACAGACAUGCUCAACCCACCCAACCCACCCAAGGAUUUGCUGUUGAAGAACAAGAGCUCAACUUCGUCUCUUGAAGCAGAUUCUUGCAUCAUGGUGGCAGAGCAUGAAUUGGACAUUCAAGAGUCCAGAGGGACCGCAUCUUGA